AUGAUUUCAUAUUUUGAUGAAGAAUUUGAAAAUAACAGUGAAUCUUUAUUCCAAUUACUGAUUAAUAAUAUGAAAAAUUAUAAAGCCAAAAGACCUUUAACCUAUCAUGGAAAUUCAACAAGAACACAAAAAAGAAGAAAGGCAUCAACAAAAGAAAAUAUCAAUAAAAAUGGUCAAACUCUUGAUCAAUUUUUUAUUUUAGAAAAAAAUUCUAGUAAAGAAAUGACUCAGGAUAAUGAUUCACAAAGUUCUGAAACAGUUAAUAAUGAAUUAGAAAUAGUUGAUAAUUUUCAAAAAAUAAAUUAUGAUUAUUUGUUAAAAGAUAUUGAAAUCAAACUUGAUGAAUCAUUUGAUAUUGCAAAAAAAUAUGGUGAUAUUUCAUAUAAAAAAAGAGGCAAACAUUUAAGAGGAAGUAUUAUUGAUGAUGAAGAUGUUCAGAUUAAAAUAUCAUCUUUUUUAAGAAAGGAAAAAUUUAAUGUGACUGUAAAUAAUUUUAAAGAAUUUAUUGCUAAAGAUGUAUUUCCUAGUAUAGGAGUUGAAAAUGAGACAGCAAUCAGGUGA